GUCCCGCAUUAUCUUACUGUUCAUUUAAAGGCAGAAUAUGAACUCCAAAAUGUGAAUGGUCAUUAGUAAUCGCAAUUAGAGUUAUAAUUAUUAUUAUCAACGUAAUCUACACUUCAUAUUAGUGAAUAUGAAUAUUCAGGAUGAAAAAAAGCUUGGCCUGUAAUUGGAAACCAGCUCCACCUAAUUAUAGUCAACUCUAUGUCUCCCCUUAGCGACAGACAGUGCACAUUUCACUCAAAAUGGAGCAUGAUGAUGGCAAGGAAAGUAACGGAAUUUGAUUUAAAUUAACACGAAUCUUCAAACUAUCGCGUGGACUUCCGUGCGGAUUUUAUAAAGGAUGCAGACGUGUACGUUUUGGAAGACAAUGGCGAAAAGCGAUGCUUACUUUGUUGGUCGACGUGUACAAUAAUUUGGUGCUGCAGAGAAGUUGCUGUAAAGAUGAAAGUGGUUUCCUGUUUCCUGCGCUAAAAGCAAUGCCCGCAUUUUAUAUUUAACUUGAGAUGUUUGCACAUCAGCCGCUGCGCAAGAGGAGAUGGCAUCACCCAAAGUUUUACGGGAGUGGUGCCGCGUCACAUGUGCUGGCUACUCCAGUGUGGAUGUGAAAGACUGGUCAAGCUCAUUUAAGAGUGGGCUCGCCUUCUGUGCCAUCAUUCACAAGCACAGACCAGAUCUAAUAGAUUUCAGCUCACUUUCCAAAGAUAAUGCUUAUCAAAAUAACAAAAUGGCCUUCGAGCUUGCAGAGACAAAGCUCGGUGUUUCCAUGCUGUUGGACGCUGGAGAAAUAGCAUCAGCCUCAGAGCCUGAUCGUUUGGCUGUGAUCACCUGUCUCUUUCAGUUUUAUUUCCUCUUCAACAGGAAGUCCAUAGAUCUUGUCAAUUUAAAAUCAUUAUAUGUCACCGUCUUAAACAGCUCAGCCAAGAGGACUCAAGACCCAAAGAGCUUGACUCAUUUGGAAUCCACUGGAAAAUAUUUUUCAUCUGACACAAAACCACAAGUCACAUGUAACCUGUGUUUUAAGCCUGUGCAUUUAAUACAGAGACAAGUGGUGGAUGGGAAAGUCUAUCAUCGCAAGUGCUUCAGGUGCAGACAUUGCCAUCUUUCCCUUCUCCCCGGUGCUUACACUGCUGCCUCCAUGAUAUGCUCUCACCAUGUUAAACACCAUAGUGAGAACACUUCUAAGCAGACAGAUACAUGUGGUUAUCUGUCUCUCAGUGGAUUGGCUAUCAGCCGUGUUCCUCAUUACUCUAUGAAAACAGAGCCACUGGAAGAACAGGUUUGCAAGGAAAGAAAAAUAUGCUCUAGUGGAUUGUACAGCACCGUUAAAAAGACUUCAGCACAGUUGCCAGCUAGUGUAGAUGAUGAAAAUAAUUGUAAUGAUGAAAAACGUGAAGCCGGGAUAGCUUCAGAGGACACAGAAAAGAUUUUGGGAGAGAGAGGAAGACCCCCGGUGCCAGCUCCCAGGCACAGGAUGAGCUCACAUGGGACCACAACAUCUCCAAACGUGAGGACCCCUGGAACUCAAGGCGCUUCAGACAAAACACCUGGUUCUGCUCCUGUCGCAACACACCUUGGCUCCAGUCCAACCAGAGGCAGUUCUCAGGUCAGAACCAACCAUCCAUGGCUGAAGAUCGUCCACCCCGGCCCUUGGACCCAGCUGCCCCCUGCACCGCCUCUCGUUCACCCUCUCAGAUCCAAGUCAGUGAGCAGCCUGUCGGGCGUGUGGUACAAAACCAAAACUCUUGCCCCCAACCCUUUUGACGAGGAGAUAUCUGACCAGACCACACACACAGUUGAAGCUGAUUCAGAAUUUGAAGAAGUGACUGAAAUCAUUGACAAAACUAAUGAUCCGGACCAAAGUACAGUCAGUGCGUCUUGUACAGAGGACUUGGAAGUACAAACCAUUUCACCAACUACAGACGAAGCACAGAGUCAUUCUGAAGCCGUUAUAGCAGCUGGAUCUGAUCAUUUAGAAGAACAAGUCCCACCAUGUCCACCUCAGACUGGUAAUGAAGACUUAACAGUCAAACCUGAGUCUGCCGGAGAGCUGCCAGGUCACAGUCCAGCUGAUCCAACACCGGGAUUCCCCCUCAUCAAGAGAAAGGUGCAGACAGACCGGUCCACUUCCAGCGAGGACCUCCAGCAGCAGAUCGGACAAGUGGCCAAACAGCUGGAGGCUCUGGAGGAGAGAGGAGUGGAGUUGGAGAGGGACAUAAGAUGCUGCACAAACAAUAAAGAAGAGGAGAAACUCUUGAUGGACUGGUUCUCUCUCAUCUACCAGAGGCACGUACUUCAGCGCAAAGAUGCAGAGCUGGUUCACCUUAUGAAGCAGCAGGAGCUGGAGCAGAGACAGGAGGAUGUGGAGUACCAGCUCAGAUGCCUCCUUAACAGACCAGAGGGAGAGUGGAGUGAGGAAGAUCGAAGGCAGGAGCAGCAGCUGAUGGAGGAGCUGCUCCACAUUAUUGAACAGAGGAACCAGAUCAUCAGCAGUCUGGACCAGGACGCACACAGGGAAAGGGAAGUUGAUGAAAACUGGGAGACUAUGGUGAAAAAUAAAGAUGUUCAGAAACGUGAGUUAAAAGAACUGAAGAAGUCGAAAGGAAAGGUCAAAACAACCAGUGUUUUUCAAAUUCUUAACAAGAAAACAAAGUAGAAGAGAAAAGAGCUGAGGUACAAUUUUGUUCGAAGUAUUUUUUAUUUGUUUACUGUAGACUGAACAUACAAAAUAUAUAUCAUUUAUAACGCAUUGAUACUGCCUGUUCUAACGAUUAACAUUUCAUAUUCACAAUAAAACUUUAUUUA